AUGGAAUAUGAAAAACACUUCAUUCCUCUAGAAUCCGACCCUGCAAUCUUCACAAGUCUAAUGCACGAUUUGGGCGUUCCAAAGUCAUUCAAAUUCAUAGAUAUCUGGUCCCUUGAUGCAGACCAAUUGCAUAUCAUCCGUUCCGAAACCCAGAAUCCUAUUGAAGCGUUGGUCCUUAUUCUCCCAGACUGUCCAGCAUACACAGAGCAAACAGUCGAAUACAGCAUUCCUAAGGGAGACAUACUCUGGCUACAGCAAAAUAUCAACAAUGCCUGCGGUCUUUACGCUAUAUUACAUUGUAUUUGUAACAUUUUAGCCACUAAGGAAAUUGACUUAGGCUCUUUCAUGGACGGUUUCAUGAAGGAACCAGCAGUCAACCACGCGCGGUAUCUACAGAAUUCGCCGGAAUUAGAGACCAUCUAUCACAAAGCGGCAUUAAGUGGCUCUACAGAGCCUCCAGCUGCCGAAGAUGAAGUCAAGUAUCACUACAUAUGUCUAGUAAGGCGUUCGGGUUGUCUCUACGAGUUGGAUGGAGAUAGAGCGGGGCCAAUAUAUCGAUUCAACCUGGCAGAUGAUGAGGACAUUCUUUCAAAGAAGGGGUGUGAUGUUCUGAAAAUGUAUAUGGAUAGCUGUCCCGAGGGAAGCUUUAGCCUCCUAGCUCUGGUCAAUUCUAGCUAG